AUGAACAGAAGCUGCGUCAGUUGUGCCACAUCCAAGGUCCGAUGCGACCUCGACAAGAAGGGUUUUCCUUGCUCGCGGUGCCAGCAGAAGAACUCGCCCUGUAUAAAAGCCGGACGUAAGAAACGUAUGAGGAAAACAACGCCCAGCAUCGUCAGUUCAAACCCAUCGCCACAGGGAAGCGUGCAGCAAAAUGAACUACAGCCACGGCUUGAGCAGAAUGUCGACUUUUCAUACUUUGACACAUCAUCCUUUGGCGAAAUUGACUUUCUGUCGCAACUCGUUGAUAUCGAGAGCAUGGUUGACAUGAGUAGUUGGACAUGGAGUCCUAGCGAUAUGGCAUCGUCCGUUGGCGAGAACACCUUGACUGACAACAAUGUUCUUUGGACCGGUACGCGAACAAAUCACGGAUUCAUCUGCCCGGAUAACUUUCGACUUUCAGCCGACUUCAUUCUUGAGCUUGACGGCCCAGAGACCAUCCCUGUCCAUCGCCUUGAGGCGCUCGCCAGGCUCUUCUUCUCGCGCUUUCACCCUUCGCUUCCACUAUUGCAUAUUCCAACGUUCUGUCUGGCUUCAUCCCCCUCUGCUCUAAUAAGAGCUAUUUGCUUUAUUGGUGCUGGUUUUGACAAAACUCCUACUUCUACAGCUGAAGCAAAGCUACUCUACGGGUCUCUUCCAUCACAGCUGGCUAAGUUAUGUCUUCGUUCAAACGGAAGUUCGCCAAACUUUCAGGAUCUACAAGCUUUAGUACUGCUGCAGUUCGCUGCCAUGGCGAGUGGAGGAAGUGCCGAAAGAGCUGCGUCCCGUCUUAUUCAUCCGCUUCUCGUCGCAGCGAUACGACAUGAAGGUUUUCUUAAGAUUCACGGCGAAUGUACCAAAGCAACACGCAAUGCACGCCUUUGGACAUCGUGGAUACAGAAAGAGUCCAAUAAACGAGUGCUCUGGGGUGUGUAUGCUGUCGACUGCUACCAGUCAAUACUUUGUGGCAGUAAACCCAUUCUAUCCCCGACAGAUACGAGGGCCUCUUUCCCAUGCGACGAUGCCAGCUGGACGGCUUGCUCUGCGUCUCUAUGGGCUGCCCUGCCAGCUCAGGAUCCUUCUAGCUGCUUCCUGUCCUCUGUUAAAGGCCUCAUGGUAGGCCAUGCUCCUGCCGAGACAAAUCUGACGGCCUUUGGUAUGAAUCUUUUGAUCUUGGCAGUCAACUCCCUUUUGCUCGAAGCCCAAACGUCAAUAUUACCAGUCGAUACUUCAGCUCUAGAUUUGGCGCUACAGACUUGGCAUACAUCUUGGCAACAAUUUCAGACGCAGUACCAAGACGCCAGUGAUAGAAGGGAGAACUUCCUUAUCACAAACAAUUUGUCCUUGUACCGUCUGGGAGUUCACUUUCUCAGAAAUGGGCGGCCUGUUAUGGAUGAAAAGGCUUAUCUGGAAAGGUCUACUGACACUCGGAACCCUCUUAUCAUCAGGGAGCAGGUAUAUCAAGACGAGAUGAUGAACUACGUGAGGGGAGUUCUUGGUGCGUUUGAAGAAGCAUAA